AUGGCCAAGAGUAAAGGGACCCACCACCGCCGCAAGCCCGCUGUUGAUCGAGCCGUUAUCCACUCCAACAGUAAGUGCUUGCAUGAACUGUACGCCCAUGCUGACAUCAACCAUAUUCGUAACACAAUCCGCAUGUUGCGUUUGCCUUUUGACGUUAACCAGAUCCAGGAGGUUCAAUGCCAAGUCUGCCAAAUUCAUGGGAAGACUCCACUACACCCCACCUUCGACUAUUCGGUUACGAAGCCGAUGCAGGAGGUACUUGUUGAUGUGGCUGAAAUUGAAGGGGUAUCGAUGUCCGACUCAAAAAGCGGAUUUCUUGUGAAGUGUGUGUUUUUCUACGACAUGGCUUCGGGAUUUUAUUACAUGCAACAAAUUGAAAGUGGCUAUGACAUUCUUCUUGUAAUUCAUAAUUUUGUGAAACUAGCCCAGAACCAGGAAGAUUAUGAGCUAACAUUCGUCAAGACUCCCGAAGUUGCAGAAGAAUUGACGUUUACCCGCAGAAAGGUCCAACAUUGGAUCGAGACUAACCAUAUGACUUGGUUCCCAGAAAUCCGUAAAAACGCUCGCUAUGGGUAUCUUGAUGACCAUCAAUUCGACCAUUUAUGUUGGAUAGAGGCUGCGCAGAGGGCAGUCAAAGUACGUACAGGCAUUGAAGCGGGUUCCCGGCUUCACCGAAUCAUCGUUGAUACCAGCGAAAAGCUCCUUCAAACGCUGGGACUUCCCCAUCGUUAUGCCUUGUUCGCCGCCAAGCAUUAUGUUUUCACACACAACCUGAUGGCCGAUAAUCGGCCCGGAUUUAACAGCGACAUGCUGCCUUCGACGUUGUUCUCUGGUAAGACGAACGAGGUUGAGCGAAUCAGCCCGUUUGGCUGCUUCAUGCGGUUUCUGGAUGCCUCUGGACCGACGCGCCUGGGCCUUUUAUUGGGUUAUGGUUCCGGAAGAUCGCUUAUAGUGGUCGACUACUACACUCAGGAGAUCAUUACCAUCUGUGAGAAUGGCAGAUUUAUUGUUCAUUAA